AUGCGCGUUCUACUUGUUUCUGCUGCACUUGCAGCGUCCUGCAACGCCCUCUCCCUUCGAUGGUUUGCACGCGCAAAUGAACCAUCACACACCGCGCUUCCUCUCGAACACUUCAACACUCCUAAGUGGGCACGUCCACUGACGCUUGAUCAAGCAUUGUCGGGCGCGAACGCUUCUGUCACGACUAUCAAACCUGAAGAUUUGCAAGAUGCCAAAAACCAAGUGCCUACGCUUGUCUUGCCAAGCAACGCAACGCUUUCAGACAACACACAGGCGCUAGAAAAGGAGCUUGACAAAUUUGCAAAGAGACAGGGCCUCUGUUCCAACGUCCGCACUCGCGUAGAGUGGGAUAACGCAUCUAACAACGACCGACAAGGCUACAUCAACGCGAUCAAGUGCUUGAUGAACAAGCCAGCGUCUGGUCAGUUUUCUACCUCCAGGAACCGCUACGAUGAUCUUGUUGGCCUUCACCAGAUUUUGACUCCAAAUGUGCACGGAAACGCAAAGUUUCUGCUUUGGCACAGAUACUACACAUGGACUUUUGAGUCACUCCUGCGUGACGAAUGCGGCUUGACUGGACCCCUGCUGUGGUUCGAUGAGACCCGCUAUGCAGGCAACUAUCCGGCUUCAUCCAUCUUUAGCGCCCAAUGGUUUGGAAGCAUCGAUGUAGGCGGUGGCUGUGUCACAAAUGGAGUGAGUAUCUGCUCUGCUAUAAUGAUGCCGAGAAACUUGCUGAUUGGCGGACAGCAAUUCGCAAACUUAGCGCUGGUCUACGGACCAGGGAGCGGCAACCAGCCUCACUGCCUGUCCCGUAACAACGACAACUCCAAGACCAUCAACACUGGAAACCCCAUUGUCGAUGCCUGCAACUCCCGAUCUGACUAUGCUGACAUGGCUGCGUGCACUGAAGGAGGUGCCCAUGCCUGGGGCCACAACGGGAUUGGUGCUGUAAUGUCAGAUGUCUACGCCUCUCCAUCUGACCCUGUGUUCUUCCUUCACCAUGGCUUCAUUGACCGCAACUUCCGCAUUUGGCAAAACAACGGCGGCAACGCGCGCGUUUCGAGCAUCGAUGGUACUGACGCAGGAGGUCAUGCUUUGACGCUUAAUACCAAGAUCAAUGUGUACGACUUCCGCCCGGAUGUUACGAUCGGCCAGGUCUUGGACACAAGGGGAUCGACGCUGUGUUACAAGUACGACUACUAG